AUGCCGAGGUGUUUGUUACCAACCGACCUUACCCUGCCCACUACCCGCAUCGACAGCUUUACAAAUCAGGACAAGUCUCACUCGACUGCUAUCUAUCUUCCUGCCCGCUUGCCUGUCAACAGUUCAUCAACUCGAAACCACUGGCCAAACGUCCCACCCCCUCCGCUUCAAACGAAGCAUCGCCAGAAAACGCCGCAAAACACGGCACCUUAUCCCCGCAUAAUCACCCUCGUCUCUGGUCUCCUCUACGCAGGCAAAAGAACAUUAACCCCCCGGACGACAACCAUGACCGGCACCGCCAACAAGGCCGCCCCAGGCGUGCCGUUUUACACCCCGGCCCAGGAGCCCCCCGCCGGCACCCCCGUCGACGCCCCCGCCGCCCCGACGCUCUUCCAACCCCUCCAGAUCCGCGACCUGACCCUCAACAACCGCAUCUGGGUCUCGCCCAUGUGCCAGUACUCCGCCGACAAUGGCCACAUGACGGACUACCACCUCGUCCACCUGGGCCAGUUCGCCCUGCACGGCGCGGCGCUGACCAUCAUCGAGGCCACGGGUGUCGAGGCCCGCGGCCGCAUCUCCCCCGAGGACGUCGGUCUGUGGCAGGACUCCCAGGUCGCGCCGCUGAAGCGCGUGGUUGAUUUUAUUCACUCGCAGAACCAGGCUGUGGGUAUUCAGCUUGCUCACGCCGGUCGCAAGGCGAGCACGUUGGCGCCGUGGAUUACGGAGACCAAGGGCAAAGCUCUUGCGCUGGAGAGCGAGGGCGGGUGGCCCGAUGACUGUGUUGCGCCGAGCUCGAUUCCGUUUACCGAAGGAUGGGCUACGCCGCGGGAGUUGACUCUUGAGGAAAUUCAGGGUGUGGUGACAGCCUUUGCUGAGUCUGCUAAGAGGGCUGUCGAGGCGGGUGUCGAUGUCAUUGAGAUUCACGGCGCACACGGCUACCUGAUUACGCAGUUCCUCUCUCCUCUGACCAACCAACGCACCGACAAGUACGGUGGCAGCUUCGAGAACCGCACCCGCAUCCUCUUUGAAGUCAUCAAGGCCGUCCGCGACGUCAUCCCAUCCGGCAUGCCGCUCUUCCUGCGCAUCUCGGCGACAGAAUGGAUGGAGUACGACGGCAAGCCCUCGUGGGUGGUAGAGGACUCCAUCAAGCUCGCCAAGCUCCUCCCCGAAGCCGGCGUCGACUUGCUGGACGUCUCCUCCGGCGGCAACAACGAGGCGCAAAAGAUUGAGAUCUCGCCGUAUUACCAGGUCAGCAUCGCGGGCAAGAUCCGCGAGGCGCUGGCCGCGGAGGGUAAGAAGCUGUUCAUCGGCGCCGUGGGCAUGAUUUCGAGUGGCGAGAUGGCGCGGAGCAUCGUGCAGGCCCGGGGCUCUGGUUCUGCGGAGGCGAAUGGGCAUAAUGGUGUUGAUCAGGGCAACGCGGCGACGUUGGAGGUUGACGAGGAGCAUGGGCAGGUGACGCAGGCGGACGCGGUGUUUGUGGCGAGGCAGUUUUUGCGGGAGCCGAAUUUCGUGUACAAGAUUGCGGACGAGAUUGGGGUGAGGAUCAAGUGGGCGAAUCAGUACCACCGGGCGCCGCGGAGGAAGCAUUGA